CACUGAAUAGAAACAAAAGUUUUUGAAAUUUAAUAAUAUAAAAAAUGAGUAUGGACGUAGAAGAAACGCAAGCAACCCAUAUAACUCCAACAAGUUCCUUGGGGAUCACCCUGCAUCUCGUCAGCUUACACGCUUUGCUCAGCAGGGGCUGUCCAGAGCUAUAACUGACAGUUCGUCCUCGUCAGUACGUUUUAACCCCAAAAGAGAUCGAUUGAGAAAGCAAGACAGACAUCCGAAGGGCUGAGAAGGAGCAAUACUAGAAACGAGAUACAACGCAGCGGCGCUUCUGCUUGCAGCCAUGUCUGCGUCCGAUUCCACAGGGAAGCAGCCAGAUGUUGUAGAAGCUUCGAGUGGGAUGGCAAAAGAACCUGAGCUGAAAGAUGUCAAUGAUAUGGACGACGAUGGGUGCAAAACUCCCACUAGGCCAGAAAACCAGAUACGUGUUCAAAGCUGUCCACCUGCGCCCAGAAAGAGAAGACCAACUCCUUCGUCAACUUCUAACAGGACGUUCUUCACCUUGCAGUGCAUCAUUGUGCUUCCAGAGACGAUCGAUGCCUUCUUCCCAGCUUCUGGGCAGUCUUCCAGCGGGGCCACCAAGAGGCGCAGAACAGGAUAAACAUGUGAAAGUUUUAGUCUUUCUGGUGAUUAUAUGCUUAGUUGUGGACUUCAGUUUCGGUGUUGUGGGUCAUAUAUAUCAUAUGUAUUUCUUAUCCAUGUUGUUACUUAGAAUUUUCCUAGUUCUGCAUGGUUGGUUGUUCGUGUCAUGUCUUCUGUAUUGGUGCCAGUAAUCAGUUCGUUAGCU